ACGUCCACUCGAACCCUUCGACCGUUUUCCUCGGGGGGUUUUUUUCCGCUUUUUGUUGUUGUGUACUUUACCUCAAAUAAUGCUCACUAAUCUGCUGCGCCCGUCCCUGCUGUUUGUACUAUGUGUCUGCGAAAUAUGGUGCUCGCCCAGAUCCCUUGAGGGGACCAGGUCCGAAUGCGGCGGGGACGGUAUCCUGAGGUGCACCGCUCCACACAAGGCAGGGAUCCGGUAUCGUCAUGUGAGGUGGUACAAGGUCAUUCAGGAUUCUUCCUCUCACCUAAACGGCCUGCUGAUGAGAUACCUGCCCAACGGCACCAUAAAUUUGUAUGUGGAUUCAAAGCGCCACGUUGAGCUGUUGGGCGACUCCAUGGAUCUCUUCUUGCCCAACGUGACCUCUGAGGACAGUGGCACCUACAUGUGCUUGCUGGCUGCACCCGUGGGUGAACAGAACCAGGAGGGAUCGAUCAACCUCACCGUAGAAGGUUGUCCUGACAGUAAAUCAGUGAGUAAAUUAGUGGUUUUUGCCAUAGGAUUGCUGGCAGUGGCACUUUUGAUCUUCAUGAUAAACUAUGCCAUUAUGACGAAAAAACUACAUGAGAAAAAUGGGUUGAUGAAAAAAGAAACCUCUUCGGGUGCAUCACUUAAACCACUUGUAAAGAAGAACCUGAUGCUUAUCUAUACACUGGGGCAAAACGGUUGCUCUCCAGCCUCCAUGAAACACGUGUGUGUUUGAACUCUGAACUGACGUCUGAACCCUGUGCCUUAGGAUAAAGCUUCCAGUAGGUGUUUCACUCAUAGCCCAUGAGGAUUAUAUGUAGCAGAUGCUCUGUAUUACAUUUUCUGAGCUGAAAAUGCAUCGGUAUCUCCGGGGUGGUAAAACUGAUUGCCCAGAUGACAAAUCCAUUAAAAAAGGAGCGCAUAUCACAUGGCUGCUUUGAGGGAGAGAAUCUGUGCUGCCCCUUUCUCCUGGGGUAAAAUGCAGAUUCAUAUCGACUCCCACCUGAUGCUGUCUAUGUAUGAGGGCAUCAAAGACAGCGACAAAUGCCAGAGGGCCCACCAUCAUGGAAAGCCAGAGCGGUGAAAAACAUGAGACAUCAACAAACCCACUCCACACCUUUGUCCAAAAAAGAAAAACACGUAAAGUAUUCUAAGGCUUUUUUUUUAAUCGAUGGUACAGUAGAGAGAGACAGGAAACGGGGAGUAGCGAGCAGAGGGAUGACAUGCUGUAAAGGUCUCGAGCCAGACUCGGGUCCCUGCAAUAAGGCCUGAGCCCAUGUGGUAUGUGCUCAAUGAACUAAGCUACCAGGGCGCCACCUGUCUACAUGUUUUUGAUGGUCCACAAUGUGUUACGUGUUAACAUGUUAUGAUGUUAAAAUCAUGUUAAGGCAUUGAAGAAACACAUUAAAGCAUGUAAAUGUCAGCAUC